AUUUCCUUGAAAUUCCCAGCGCCCGCACGUUGGUGUAACCAACAAAACAUCUGAUUAUUGACAUAUUUAUUUAAUGCCGCAGAGUCACUUAGCCUCAAGGCCGGUAAAGGCGUGUACGGAGUGUAAGCAAGCAAAGUUGCGAUGUGAUUCUAAGGAGAAGUUCCCUGAUCCGUGCUCGCGGUGCAAUGCAAGACAUUUGUUCUGCACGGUGGAUGCCACUUUUAAGAGGACGCCGGCGAGAAAGUACGUAUCAAGACCGCUUGAUCCGGGAGCAUCACUCAACUGAUGGUGACGUAGGCGUUUGGAGGCGAUGAGCAAGGAACUUCAAGAAUUACGGAACCAGACUCAUCGUACCGAUGAUCAAUUGGCGGCUGGAUCGAGCUAUACAUCCGAGAGCAGAUCGCCGGCGUCCCAGGAUGAAGGUGUGGAUGACUUUGAGCUUACACCGUUUACUGUGAGCCUAGCUGGGAUAGUCCUCGACAGUUCCACUGCGACAGAGGCCUUCAUGGUUUUUGCCGAGUACAUGCGUCCUCGACUUCCGGUGGUCGCCUCUCUCUCUGCUCAAGCAGCCUAUGAGAGCCAGCCCUUUCUCUUCUGGACAAUCGUCAUAAUUGUACUCUGUCGAUUACCCGAACCUGAGAACAUUGCCUUAUUCCAGUUGCUUCGAGCGCCAUAUGAGAGAUUAGUACAGGAGACUGUUACUGACGCGCCACUACCGCUGUACAAAGUGCAAGCUUUGUUACUUCUCUGUAACUGGCCGCUGCCUACGGAUAAACAGUGGAAAGAGCCUAGCUGGCUUUACUGCGGUGUUGCGAUCCAAGCUGCCCGAUAUCUGAGUCUUGAUCGACAGCAAACUAUUCCAUCUCUUCGUGUUAUUGGAGUCACAUCGGGCAGCAUUCGGUCAAGAAUCAACACUUGGCUGUCUUGUUUCAGUGUCUCGACAUCACUGAGCUUGCACCUGGGCCUUCCCUGUCCCAUUGAAUCGGAGCUGGACUUUGCUGCUAUUCAUGCAUUUCUGAAACGGCAAACUGUACCAGCUGCCUUUGCAAUUGAAGUACGCAUCCAACUAGUCGUCGCAAAAUUCACAGCACUGCUCAGCCAUGAGCUGUUAGGUGGCACGAGUUCAUCAUUCCUUCGUUUGUUUGACACUGAGCUUGAGGCAAUAAAGAACGAGAUACUUCCAGAUGCAGAAACGAAGAGCAUAGUUGAAUACGCAAUCCUAGACGCCAAAAUACAUAUAUACACACUUGUGAUCACGAAAUCCCCAGCAAACUCAUCUUCUCGCCAGAUCCUUCUUCGAACAGCACGCGACAUAGCCCUAAGAAUCGUUGAAAUCGGAACACGCACCAUUCGUACCAACCCCGAAAAUAUCACCUUCAUUCGGCGCGAAAAGUGCCAACCGAAAGAUCGCCACAGAUGCUUGGGUUUCUCAACAAUCUUUCUCCUCAAAUUCUUCAUUCGACAGAGUUCCGAUGGACCUGAAGAACGACAGAUUGUGGCGAAUCAUGUCGCUAUGACACAAACGCUGUGCAGAGCAUGUACGAUUGAUCCAAAAGAUGAGUUUAGUCGCAUUGUAAGUGUAUUUGAAGCACUAGGGCGGGAGACUUCAAAGGAGGAAGAUAAGACGAAGUUGGUGCUUAAUCAUAGAAUGGGAGUGUCAUUGAUGUUUGAUGCUGUUAAUACAGCGGGCAAGAUACGAGGAAAGCCUGUUGAGGUAGAGGAAGGGGAUGCGGGAACGGCUGAGGAGACAACGACAGAGACGUUGCCGGAUCACGGGGAUAUGAUGAGCCAGGUGGAAGGAAAUCCGGAGUUUUUAAAGAGCUUUUGGAAUGACCCGUACACGAGCUUACUCCAGUUUGACCCGACCUCACUGGAGGGCGAUUACCCAAAGACCUGGUAAUGGACCUAAAAGCUGAAACCUUCAGGGAGCUUCAGGCUCGCAAGACCCAUGUGCUCCUGUGACCCAUGGAUAUCGUUCUCCAUGAAACCACCAGCAGACUUCUUCUUACCCGAUCGGAUUCUGGGAAUGGUUACCUUGAAAGAGAUAGCAGGAUCGAAGAAGCCAAUCCAGAUGAUGUCUUGUUCUGAGACGCCGAUGGCUUUCGCAACGUUGCUGGCUGAGAGGAGAUCGGAUGAUUUGAUAGCCUCAUAUGCUUCGGUGGAUGCGAACAUGGCGUCUAUCGUGAUCUCAUAUGGACCAGCGUUCUUGGAUCGGACGAUGCGACAUAGAUCCGAUAGGGUCUCGGGUUUCUGGACAGCUUGGUUGGGAGGACUAGGAGAGCGCUGGGAACUUGCCCUCGUCCUCUGAGGAGGCUUGCUGUCGACCUCAGGCACAGUAAUGUGUCCGUUGCUCCCGUUUGGCCCGUUAAUGGCCCCUUUGCCAAUUCGAGACACCCGACCUCUCAAUAACGGCCCCUCAAGUACACACCCAUCAGCACCAAGAGCCAACCUCUCUUCACCAGGCUCAAGAUCCAUGAGAUGAUACAACGAGAACUCAGCACAAGGCCCCAACUCAAUCUCCAUGAGACCACCAAGGCCAAAGCCAAAGUUUCCUGCAGUCGCUUUCUGCCCAGGAUACGGUGCAUGCUAUCACACAUUAGCUUAACCUACUGAUAGAUAAGGAGACUUACAAUCAUUCCUACUCGAGCCUUGGAUGCAAUGCUGUUAGCCAACUGCUGUGUUGACGCGAGUGCUUCAGAAACGAUGAAGAGUUGACCUGGUCCGGCCUGUGUGUACUGGUCUUUGCCGUAGACAUGGAAGUCUAGGUUCCAUUGACCCGUGAUCUCGGGGUGUUGUUGGUCGACGUAGACCUUGACUCGGGCCAGUAGUUUGUCAAUCUGGGAAACGAGGAUAUCUAUAAUUGUUAGAAUGCUUUCAUACGUCGGGGAUAGGGACUUUUUACGGUCUGUGAUACUGCCCAUGAACAUAGAGCGAUAACCAACAAUACGUGCAGCUUCGAGCUUGAGUUGAUAAGGCUUGCCAUCUGCUUCAGACGAGCGAUAUGCACUACCACUCACCCUGACAGACUUCCCAUCAGAGAGCUGCUC